AUAUUAAAAGAAAUAAAUGAUAAAAAUGUAAAGAUUGAAGAUUUGAAACAUGAUGAGGGUGAUAUUUCGAAAAAGAUUAUCAAUCAACUAAAAGAUAAACCUUUGGCAAAAGAUCUGUUCGACGAAUUACACAAAAAAUGUAAUGAAAAAUACACAGAAUUAAUCGCAAAUAAUGCAGAAGAAUUAGCAGAAGAAUUAAAAAAACAAAUCAAUGAAGAGAAAAGCUCAAAAAAUCUUGAGAAUAUCAAGAAAAAU